AUGGGAACAUUGCAAGAGUCAAACUCUGGUGAAUUGUUUUUACCUAAUUUUUAUUUAAAAGAAAGUAUUAAUAUCCAAGAAAACGUAGAGUAUAAAAAACAUGAAUUAGGUGAAGAGCCUUAUGAAGUUAGACCAGAGCCCGAAGAAUUUGUAGAUCUUACCAUGAAUAAAAACUCUGAUAAUGAGUCAUUAGAUUCUAAUUCCUUAAAAGAAAGUUUUGGUGAAUUUUUGGAUGUGUGGGUAGAAAUAUCAGCAGAAGAGGUUGAGGAAGUUAGUGAUAUGGAUGAUACAAACAAAGAUGAUUACAGGAUGCCUUCUAAAGUUGAAGAUAUCGUUCAUCUAGCCAUAGAUCCUGCUGCUAAAUGGGAUUUAGAAUCGCUUUUUACUGAGUUACAAUUACCUUGA